UCACUCAUCGUUGCUCUCUAUACAGCACAAAUCGAAUUCAAUUUUUUUUGUGUUUUACAGAGAUUUCUGAUGGCUGGAAGAGGCAAAACUCUUGGUUCCGGUACCGCAAAGAAGGCUCAAUCCCGGAGUAGCAAAGCCGGUCUUCAAUUUCCGGUCGGUCGUAUAGCUCGUUUUCUGAAAGCCGGCAAGUAUGCCGAACGUGUUGGUGCCGGAGCUCCUGUAUACCUUGCUGCUGUUCUCGAAUACCUUGCUGCUGAGGUGCUUGAAUUAGCUGGAAAUGCAGCUAGGGAUAACAAGAAGACUAGGAUAGUUCCAAGGCAUAUCCAGUUGGCUGUGAGGAACGAUGAAGAACUGAGCAAGUUGCUUGGUGAUGUGACAAUUGCUAAUGGUGGUGUUAUGCCCAACAUCCAUAACCUUUUGCUUCCUAAGAAAGCUGGCUCAUCAAAGCCCUCUGCUGAUGAGGAUUAGGUGGAAGGAUAAGAGAAGGUUUCUAGGGUUGAGGGUUAAAUUUGUUUUUUUAGUAAUUGGUGUUUCUGUCUCUUAGAUUCCAUAGAGAUUAGGUGAAAUCAAUUAUGUUUUUCUUUUGGUUUAGUCGAAGCUUUUAGGGUUUAUGGUAGUCUGUAUAUAUAAAUGCAGGGAUGAAUGAAAGACUAUGUUCUUAAAUUGUU